CAGCUCCAAAUUGACUUACUCUAUAAUUCCUGCAGAGUUUGGGUGUGCCUUACCAUCUGAAGAGGAUUCGGAGAUGGUAAUAUCCCACAGAGGGCUGAAAAGUAAGGUUGUCUGGAUCUUGCUCCUCAUUGCUUCUUUCCAGUUCAUAAAGAUGUUGUUAGAAACUGAGAACUUUAAAAACAUUUCAAGUGCAACUGAAGACCAUAUCAUAUUUCUAAGCAACAAUACAGAUCAAGUCCGUGACAAUGUUAAGGAUUCCACAGAACAGCUAGAUGGAACUGGAACAAUCUUAGAUAUUGAUGAUACUCUCACUUCUCAACCUCGAGGAGCUGUGAUCGACAAGAACACUGUACCUAGCGACAGACAGAACGUAGAGGGAGACGUGAUCACCAAAUCAGCAUCCAACAUUUUUACGAAGAAUGAAAUCAAAACGUCCGACACUCCUUACGAAACAUUCGUUCAGCAAUUAGAAGAAGUUAACGAUACAAAUAUCUUCAACGUUACUGAAAAGCACCAGAAAAUUGAGUUCCUAAAAUACGCACCAAGUAAUGUAGAGAUGCUAAAAAGGGGAGUACCAAAGAAAUCUACAUUCGGUGAUCCGAACGAGAUGAACUGUAAUGACACUUUUUGUUACCUGAACGGGAGAACUCUGAAAAAAGAGCAUAUCACAGAAAAUCCUAAAGACAUGUUCACCUUUCUCCCACCAGAAGAAGAAUUUCUGAAAGAAUUUAAGAACCCCUGCUGGAAAGGAAAUGAUCUUCUUGACCGGGAGGCCAUGUUUUGCUUACCUUACUUUUACAUCAUCGGUUUCACAAAAGCUGGAACGACAGAUUUAUUCUUCAUACUCAACGAACAUAUCCUCAUAAGCGCCCGAUCCAAGAAAGAAACACACUACUUUGACAGGGGAAGGAGGGGAAGGUCAAUUCGAAUGCACCGAAUGCCCGACAAAAAUCCCACGUCAUUUAUGGGUUAUUCUAAUUCCGGACCAUGUCGAGACAAAUUGAUGAAGACAUAUAAAGAAUUUGAAGGAACAGAUGUCCUGUUUCACGGAAUCACUGUGGACGCUACCCCCUCCCACGUAUGGGACAACGAGUUUUGGGAAACUUUUCACCCCGGUUACAAAGAGCCACCAGUGACUACCGCAGACACUCUUGCAAAACUUAAUCCUAAAACCAAAUUUAUAUUCUCCUUGCGGGACCCCAUAAAGCGGAUGCAAUCAGCGUACCAGUUUUUCUGUACCCAUAUUUAUACCUACAACUGCGACAGGCCCAUUACACCGGAGAAAUAUCAUAAUUUGGUGGUGGAGGCGGUUGAUAAGUUUAAUAACUGCCUGAAAGUGAACACUUUGAGAGGAUGCACUUAUAGCACUGAAACCCACCAACUAGCGACCCAUUUAUAUGCAAGUAUCUACCAUGUCUAUAUUCUCGACUACAUGAAGGUGUUUCCCAAGAAUCAGAUCUAUAUACUCCAGAUGGAGGAACGUAUCCGGGACCCGAUCACAACUUACAAUAAUCUCUGUGACUUCCUGGAGAUACCACGAUUUCCUGAUGACGAAUUGCAAACCAUUUUGGAGCAGCAUAAGAUAAAAAACGCGAUGAGUAAUAACAAGAAGCUUCCCUAUGUUCUCACGGAAACGACUGAAUUACUUGAGAAGUUCUUCAAACCCUAUCUCAGAGACCUAGUUGAUCUGCUAGGUGACGAGAAGUGGUAUUGGAAUCUUCCUCACUGAUAUGGAACUCUUAGUUUUAACUUAGAUAUUGGAUUUUUAGUCAACCAAAUCACUACUCUUGUGUGAACACAAAGUGUCAUAAUACACUUUAAUAUGCACUGUAUGAUUGGCCUAACGAGGGUUUGGUCUAACUCACGAUUAUUUUUAGUUUUCCAACUGUAAGCCAGUUUUAAUGUAAAGCCAGUUUAAAUUCGUAAAAUACAUGUCUGUUUCUAAGAUUGAACAAAUCUUUCGAAUUUGGAAGAUCUGGAAAGCAUACAACUAUACAACAUUAUUUUUUCGUA